AUGGAGAUAAUGUUUGGGAGGAGCAAACAAGUGACGAUGAUGAAACCGCACUUGCACAGCAGGUGUCGCUCGACACCUACACCAGUUCUCGUGAAUUUGGUCCCCGACGGACCGAUAUCGACCGCGAUCGACACCAAUGUAUCGACACCAGAACCCAGUAUCGACCGACACCUUCCCUGUGUCGAUCGACACCCCUCACAGACAGACCCAGAUUCUCUUGAAACUCUGCGAUUAUCUAAAGAAAAUAUCUACAAGCCUAAGGUUCCUUAUCCAAAGUCUAGGAAGUCUAAACAGGAGAUGGAGGAAGCUCGAUGCAAGGAAAUGAUGGAAAAGAGGAUGGUCCAAAAUGACGUGAGCUCUGAGGAAGGAGCUUUGCUGGCUAGAGACAUGUGUGCUAUCUUCUUGAAACAGACCCCGCAAAGUAAGAAAGAAAAGAAGAAGAAAGUGUUUGUUUCUGAAAAAGUUAAUGCCAUAAUACAGAGCAAGAUUCCAGAGAAGUUAAUUGAUCCAGGAAGUUUCGUGCUAGACUGCUCUAUCUUCACAGAAAGAUUUCCUCACUCUCUUUGUGAUCUUGGCUCAGGUAUCAACUUGAUACCAUACUCUGUUGCUGUGAGACUUGGGUUGACAGAUUUGAAGCCUAUUAGGAUCUCUCUUAUCCUAGCUGAUAGGUCCAAAAGAAUUCCCGAAGGUCUUUUAGAGGAUGUUCUAAUAAGGAUUGGUGAAUGCAUAAUGCCUACAGACUUUGUGGUUUUGAAGUAUAUCGAAGAACCUCAGGAUCCUAUUAUCCUUGGGAGAUCUAUCUUGACUACCGUUGGUGCUCAUAUAGGUGUUCAGAAAGGAACGAUUGGAUUGCAUGUGGGUGAUUUGGUUAUGAACUUUGACAUGGAAGUUGAGGAGAGCACCUACUAUUGUUGGCCUGACUUUUCUCUAGAGGAAGCAAUGGAUGACAUGGCAGUCAUAGAGUAUUCAGAAGACAUUACUGCUAGGGACCAGAUCGAGGUUCUAUCUACUGAUAAGAUUCUGGAGCAUGACGUUUUUGUGCUAGAGAUGAGGAUCACUGAGGCGAACUGCACAAAAAGUGCAGAAACACGAGCAGCAGGGUCAGUGUCGGUCGACACCACCAGUGUGUCGAUCGACAUCCCUCGUCACGACAGUCUAAACUUGCCAAAAACGGAUGGUUUUUGGGUUGAUUUUAAUGCUGCAAGCUUGAGCCAUGUUCUGAAUCGGAAAGCUUCACCACCCAUACUCCAGAGACCUCGAGAAUAG